CUUGACACAGCAUUUUCCAGAAAUACAUAAAAGGAAAGCAAUAGAAAUAGAUGGAUACGUAUCCGUGGCUGGACGCAAUUAACAUCGCAGGCAAGGCAGCGGUACUCUGGACUCCGGGAGGUAGGAGGCGAUCUCUCCGCACCCGGCAGAUCCGACCACCCGGCGCGCUGCCACGUCGUCAUCAUCGGCAGCCAUGAUCUCCUCGAGCAAGCUGAAGUCCGUCGACUUCUACAGGAAAAUUCCUAGGGAUUUGACGGAGGCAUCACUAUCUGGUGCUGGAUUAUCCAUAUUUGCAGCACUGGCAAUGGUGUUUUUGUUUGGAAUGGAGCUGAGUAGUUACUUAGCAGUCAAUACCACCACAUCUGUAAUUGUUGACAGGAGUUCAGAUGGGGAGUUCUUACGGAUAGAUUUUAACUUGAGCUUUCCUGCGCUUUCAUGUGAAUUUGCAUCAGUUGAUGUCAGUGAUGUGCUGGGAACAAACAGACUAAACAUAACGAAAACUGUUCGCAAGUUUUCAAUUGAUCGGAAUUUAGUACCUACUGGAUCUGAGUUCCAUGCUGGACCUAUACCCACUGUCAACAAACACGGAGAUGAUGUUGAAGAAUACCAUGGUGAUGGUUCAGUUGCCUUGUCCUCUCGCAAUUUUGAUAGCUAUUCUCACCAGUACCCUGUUUUGGUUGUCAACUUUUAUGCCCCCUGGUGUUAUUGGAGCAAUCGUCUGAAACCUUCAUGGGAAAAGGCUGCGCAAAUAAUAAGGGAGAGAUAUGACCCUGAAAUGGAUGGCAGAAUUCUUCUCGGGAAAGUUGACUGCACUGAGGAAGUUGAACUGUGUAAGAGGCACCAUAUACAAGGUUACCCAUCAAUUCGCAUUUUUCAUAAAGGGAGUGAUAUGAAGGAGAAUCAGGGUCACCAUGAUCAUGACUCAUACUAUGGGGAACGUGAUACCGAAAGUUUAGUCGCGGCAAUGGAAACAUAUGUUGCAAAUAUUCCAAAAGAGGCCCAUGUGCUUGCUUUGGAAGACAAGUCCAACAAGACUGUUGAUCCUGCAAAGCGUCCUGCUCCAAUGACCGGUGGCUGCAGAAUAGAAGGUUUUGUGCGGGUCAAAAAGGUUCCUGGCAGUGUUGUAAUAUCAGCUCGAUCUGGUUCACACUCGUUUGAUCCAUCUCAGAUAAAUGUUUCCCACUACGUCACAACAUUCUCAUUUGGCAAAAGGCUCUCAUCAAAGAUGUUCAAUGAACUGAAAAGACUAUUUCCCUAUGUUGGCGGACACCAUGAUAGAUUAGCUGGUCAGUCUUACAUCGUUAAGCAUGGUGAUGUCAAUGCAAAUGUUACUAUUGAGCAUUACCUACAAAUUGUAAAGACUGAGCUGGUUACGCUGAGAUACGCAAAGGAGUUGAAAGUGCUUGAAGAAUAUGAAUACACAGCACACAGCAGCUUGGUGCACAGCUUCUAUGUCCCUGUUGUGAAAUUCCAUUUUGAGCCUUCUCCCAUGCAGGUCCUGGUGACUGAACUUCCAAAAUCGUUCUCCCACUUCAUCACAAACGUCUGUGCUAUUAUUGGUGGAGUUUUCACGGUGGCCGGCAUACUUGACUCCAUCUUGCACAACACGCUAAGGUUGGUGAAGAAGGUUGAGCUAGGGAAGGACAUUUGAACGAUAGUAGAUCCUCAGAAGCGCUCGAUUCCUUGCGGUUGCCCUAGUUAGUAAUUAUUUUUGUACUGUUAGCAAUUCUUAAUCUAUUAAUUAACAUAUACAGCGGGAGGGGGUUGGUUUGAAUGAUGUGGUCAUGAUAUAACUGGGUACUUCACUGUUCCGCUAAGUAAAUGGGAAUAAAGAGACGCUGGAUCCUUAUAGCUUUA